ACCUCUGGGAGAUCACAGGGCACUUAGCUUUCCUGUUGACGCAGCUUGGCGCUUCACGGGAGUGAUGGAUGGCCUUACCCAUUUCAAUGGUGCAACACUCUUCUGGCUACCAGUCAUCUUCAGGCAAUUCCCAGGAGGAAAGUGUGGGAAAUAUGAAAUCCGCCAAGUCCCAGGUGAACCACAGUCAGCAUGGGGAAAACCAGCAGGCCCCAAGUCCCCUGCACUCUAUUCUCAGCUCGGCCGUCUCUCCUGCCCAGGCUUAUGAAACUUACAUUGAUAACGGACUCAUAUGCCUUAAACACAAAAUCAGAAACAUCGAGAAAAAGAAGCUCAAAUUGGAAGAUUACAAGGAUCGCCUGAAAAAUGGAGAGCGACUUAAUCCAGACCAGUUGGAGGCAGUAGAGAAAUACGACGAAGUGCUACACAACUUGGAAUUUGCCAAGGAACUUCAGAAAACCUUUUCUGGACUAAGCCAAGAACUACUUAAAGCUCAGAAGAAGGCCCAGAGAAGGGAACACAUGCUAAAACUUGAGGCUGAGAAGAAAAAGCUUCGAACUGUACUUCAAAUUCAGUAUGUAUUGCAGAACUUGGCACAAGAACACGUACAGAGAGACCUUAGAGAGGGCUUGCGUGGCGCACUGUAUUUGCCUUCUAAAGAACUUGACUACCUCAUUAAAUUUUCAAAACUGACCUGCCCUGAAAGAAAUGAAAGUCUGAGUGUUGAAGACCAGAUGGAGCAGUCAUCCCUGUACUUUUGGGACCUUUUGGAAGGUAGUGAGAAAGCAGUUGUAGGAACGACAUACAAACAUAUGAAAGAUCUGCUGAAUAAAUUGUUGAACUCAAGAUAUUUUGAAAGUAUCCCAGUUCCCCAAAAGGCUAAGGAAAAAGAAAUAUCAGCAGAGGAAGACAUGCUGAUAAAAUCAGAGAAGAAAAAAGAAUUAAUGAAAACUGAUUCUCUCACCAAGUCAGAAUCUCUUUUGGAACUUGUACAGACAGAGAUACAGCCACAAGAGUUUCUUAACAGACGCUACUUGACAGAAGUAGAUUAUUCAAGCAAACAAGAGGAAGAGCUUUCCUGGGAAGAAGAUUAUGCUAGAGAACCAAAUCUCUGCAAAUGUUGGGCUAUGCUUAUAGAACCAGAUAGUCAGGAGAAGAAACAGGAAUCCUUCAAGUCUUGGGAGUCUCCUGUGAAGCACCAGGAUUUAUCAAACUCUGCUGUUUCCAUAGAAGAGAGGAAACAAGAGAUUCCAAAACUCGGGUUCACUCUGCAGGAAGAGCAGAAGAGGCAGGAGGCUUCCAAACCCAAGCCAACUCUGGGCCAGUGGCAGCAGGAAACUCUUAAGUCCAAAGUAGGAUAUAUUCAAGGGGAGCCAAUGAAGCUGGAGACACCAAAGCCUUGGGUAGCUCAGAUGCAGAAAGAAGAGGAUCCAGAGAUGCCAGCGUCAAAGCCUUGGACAUCAUGGACCAUUCCCAUAUGUGAAGAACAGGAUUCAAGACAGUCAGAGCCACUAACACCCUGGGAAGACAGGGUUGAGAGUCCAAAACACUCUUUAACACUUCGGUCACAAAUUACUGCAAAGUCCUGGGGAGGAACUACAGCAAGCCUCAUUCCAAAUGACCAGCUCCUGCCCAGGAAAUUUAAUACAGACCCCAAAGAUGUGCCUCAGCCUAUGCAUCCACCUAUAGGUUCUUCCUUUACUCUUCCAAAGGAUCCAGCUUUGCAGAAAGAACAACUGCAGGAUCUGAUGACCCAGAUUCAAGGAACUUGUAACUUUAUGCAGGAUUCUGUUCUGGAUUUUGACAAACCUUCAAGUGCAAUUCCGUUGUCACAGCCGCCUUCAGCUCCUCCAAGUAGCUUAAUAGCGUCAACAGAGCAGAAUCUACCCAGUCAAAAUGAUUUCCUCCAAGCACCUUUACAGGCUACUUCUUCUCCAGUUACCUGUAGCUCAAAUGCUUGUCUGGUUACUGCAGAUCAGGCUUCUUCGGGAUCUGAAACUGAGAUUGUGACCUCAGAGACUCCUGCGGCAGCAGGUCCCGCAAGCAAGCAGCCAUCUUCAUUAGCAUCUUCCAAUCCUCCCCUAUCCAUGGGCUCUGAGGGCUUCCAGUCACCUCCUGCAAGUACUAGUUCAGUAACCAUUAGCACAGCGCCCUUUCAAGCCAUGCAGACAGUCUUUAAUAUCAAUGUACCUCUGCCUCCGCCGAAAGAACAAGAAGUCAAAGAACCCUCUUACUCACCAGACUACAAUCAGAGUUUUACUACAUCAAGCACACAAACACCACCUCAGGGCCAGCUGCCAGCCCUACACAUAGAACAGACUCUCCUUUCUCAAGAGACCGCAGCAAGUUAUCAACCUGAUGAGACUAUUCAAGUAAGCAAUGGUAGCCUUCCCUUUUACCCAGCACAGACGAAUGUAUUUCCCAGACCCACUCAGGCAUUUGUCAGUAACCAGGGAUCUGUUAGAGGAUGUGCUCGUGGUGGGAGAUUACUAAUCAACUCUUACCAGUCCACUGGUGGUUAUAAAGUUUUAGAUACUGUCUCAAGCAUUCUAGUUAUGCUUGACAUGAGCGAAAAUACUCCAGAUAGAGCUUUAAGUUUUGAUACCUUUAGUGGACAUCCUUUGAUUGCCAAUGGAAAUUAUAGCCAGCUGCAAUUCCAAACGAGCGACUAUUCUGGAACAUCCUAUUCCCAAAGGGAAAGUUUCCUGCAGUGUUAUAAGCAAGGAACGCCAUCUAGUGGUCCUCGAGGAAACUCAAGAGGGUGGAAUGAUUCUUCUCAGGUGAGCAGCCCAGAGAGAGACUGCGAAACCUUUAACAGUGUUGACUCUGAGCAUGGAGACUCACGUAGCAUGACUCCUAUGAAUGUGCCAGUCACCAACUCUACAGCCACCGUACUGCCAGUACACUUCUAUCCGCUGCCUCAGCAGAUGCGCGUUGCCUUCUCAGCAGCCAGAACCUCUAAUCUGGCUCCUGGAACUUUAGACCAACCUAUUGUGUUUGAUCUUCUUCUGAACAACUUGGGAGAGACUUUUGAUCUUCAACUUGGUAGAUUUAAUUGCCCAGUGAAUGGCACAUACGUUUUCAUUUUUCACAUGCUAAAGUUGGCAGUGAAUGUGCCGCUGUAUGUCAACCUCAUGAAGAAUGAAGAGGUCUUGGUAUCUGCCUAUGCCAAUGAUGGUGCUCCUGACCAUGAAACCGCUAGUAAUCAUGCAAUUCUGCAGCUCUUCCAGGGAGACCAGAUAUGGUUACGUUUGCACAGGGGAGCAAUUUAUGGAAGCAGUUGGAAAUACUCCACAUUUUCAGGCUAUCUUCUUUAUCAAGAUUGAAAGUCAGUAUAGAAUUGGCAAUAAAAGGAAGGUGUUCUCAUUGUUAGCUUAAAGGGAAAAUAAUUCUUUCCCUUGUGACUGAUUGGCUUAGGAAAAUGUCUUCAUUCGUAGAGGAUGGAGGAGGUCAUUACUUUUCUUCCCUCCUUGAGAGUAAAAAAUUCAGGUUGAAUGACAGCACUAAUCUGGCACCUUAUAAAUCUUGAUAGAGCCUCACUAGUAAAGCUGUGAAUGUAUAAUGUUUGCACUUAAUUCCUUUACUGUAUUAAUGUUCAACUUACUAAACUGCUUGCCGCAAGUUCAGGCAAGUUACAAUGCCUUGUUGUGCCUCAAUAAUAAUAAUAAAAUUAUAUGCACCUUCAGUGUUCCUAUUUGAUUAAACAUUUAGAAAUACA